CCUGAGCAAAUCUUACCAGGGAUGGCUGUUAGACUAGCAUUACCGACAUUGGACCCUUCCUUGUCGAUUUCUUCUUUUUCCUCCCCCUCUUUCUUCCUCUCUUUCUGUCUUUCUCUUCUCCUUUCCGCUCCACCAGGCAAUAGCAAGCCCGAGCCAAGCCAGAUAAGCCCGCUGGGGACAUCCCCAUCCCUCCCCGCAUUCACUCAACGAUCGAGAAUUGAGCGCCUCAAGGGGCGAUUGAGUGGGCCAACAGCUCAGCCCAACUGAUUUGAUGUUCGAUCUUACUGUCUUUUCUACUUGAUCGAGCGAGUAUGGUUCUGUCCAUCCUUCAGAAACGACUCCCCCGGACCAUUCUACUUCUAAUUGGGGCGAUCGCCGUCAUUCUGAGCUUCUCGCCAAUCCACUAUGCGCAAGUGAUAGCGCGGAAUCGGUCCCAGGAUGAGUCGAUCCCUCUCCAUCCUAUCAGCAAUGAGACUCUAGGGACUCAGAAGAUUUUCGUUGUGAACCUCCCGUCCAGACCCGAUAAGAGGGACAAUAUUAUCCUAGGUUCAUCGGUCAGCGGCUUCCGUGUGGAAUGGAUUGAUGGGGUCACUCCGGACCAAGUCAAUCCCAAAUCAAUACCUCAUCAUUGGAAUCCAGACCACAAGCCGACGGAAUAUGCGGCUCGACGUGCGCAUGUCAAUGCAAUGCAGCAAAUCGUCCAGGAUAGGCUCGGAAGCGCUAUCAUUAUGGAGGACGACGUCGACUGGGACGUGACCCUCAAAACGCAGCUCCAGAGCUAUGCGCUCGCCGUCCGAGCUCUGCAAGGCUCGGAUGGCAACUCCACCGGGUCUCCCUACGGCGACGACUGGGAAAUCCUCUGGCUCGGCCACUGCGGUAUGAGUUGCAAGACCGAACUGCCGGUUUUCCUGUCGCAUCAGGAUUCUACAGUGCUACCGCCCCAUCACUUCCUACCUUACUGGCGGGAUCCGCCUCCUAUCGAUCGACCCGACCAUACGCGUCUGGUCUGCAGCGUGGGCGAUGCAGUCUGCUCCCUGGUCUAUGCCGUGAGCUACUUCGGCGCCCAGAAGAUCCUGGCGGCGCUCUCCGUUAGCCCUGGGCAGCUGGCGGAGCAGAUUGAUAUCGGGGCUCAAUUUGAUGUGUCGUUGGGCCGGAUGUGCGGGCAUGGGUAUCUACGGUGCUUCGGCGCAUAUCCGUCGCUGACGGGGGGGUACCAGCCCGCUGGGUCAUUCUCCAAAACCUCCGAUAUACAUGAUCAGGAUGAUAGUGUGCACGGGGCUUAUAGUUUCGGGGUGAUGUAUAGUACCAUGCUGAACGUCAACCGGCUCCUGAGCGGCGAGAGAACGGUCCAUGCGACGUGGGAUGAUGUAGGAGUGCCGUUGGAUGCUGAUCCGAGGAAUUUCACUGUGCUUGGAGGGUCAGUUGCGAUGCUUGAAGAGGAUGGGCUGCAGAAGAUUGUGGAUGUUUCUGCGGACUAGUUUGUGCUGCCGUGGCAACAGGUGCAGGUUGAUUGAUCGCUGCAUUCAUUCGUUGGACAGCUAAUCGUGCUAGGCAUUCUAGCGGCAGAUCUCGCUAUAAUGGGGCGUAGCACGACCUCGCCACACAUAGAUAAUAUGGAAGUACCACAUGCGGUUGAAUCAGUUGCCUGCCAAUACAGAACAGCUUGAACUUCGCCGUCACACAAUGGUCCCAAUUCUUCGGUUUCAGGCAUUUCUCCCCCGCAGAGCAGCUUCUUGUGCUGCCAUUCUACCACCGCAUUGUCAAUGCAGUCUUUCCUUCAAAAUACACCAGAAAUCGUUGGAGGGGUGAGACCUAGUUCUCACCCACGGC